GUCUUGUAAAGAUGGCGUCGGUGCGGGCUGUAGGAGUCAUAUCUGGACGCUUCGCCGUUAUUAAACAUCGCUGGCUCCGGUUGUCCUUCAUUUGAAACGGUCCGAGCGAGUAUUAAAUCUGUUUGUGUAGUCCAGGGACUCCGCAUCGUUUCGUGUUUUACUGCGGGGGGUUGUUUUAUUUCCGUUUAUGGUCGGUUUGUCUGGUCGUUAGCUUCAACUUGUAAAAGCAGCGCUAGCUCAGGCUAAGCUCUGUAACGCCGCAGCUGUUUGGCAUCUUUGUGCAUCUUUGUGCUGCCUUCAUGGAGUGAUAUCUUGGAAAGCAAAGUACUCGUGGCGAUCUGUUUUUUUAGCAACACAAAACCUACUGCCAAUGAGUCGACUGGAUUAAACAGUUUGGCAGUUAGCGGGUGGUCUGCUCCUCUGGCAUUGCGACACUGUUUUGGGGUGUCACGGUGGAGUAAGUCGUCAUGUAUUUUCUAACCGGCUGGCCCCGGAGGCUGCUUUGUCCCCUAAAGAGCGAGGAAGAGCCUUUCUUCAUCCAGCCCAGCUCCCAACGCUUCUUCCUCGCCGUGGUCUCUGAGACUCAGCUGAGCAUCUGGUACAGUCGGCCCAGUGUUUUGAUCGUCAGCUACAUUGAAUCAGUAAAAGCUGCAGCCCAGUUUGGACCUUAUGAAAAAGCAGAAUGGAAACCGGAUGAUUCGAUGGUGGCUGUGGCGACUGCCAAAGGCUAUGUCCUUCUGUUCGAUGUCCUGGGUGGAGGAGAGGACCGCUGUCUCUAUGAGCCCGUUUACCCGAGGGGGAGUUCUCGUAUGAAGCUCAACCCAGGUUAUAAGGAAGAACAGUGUGCGCCCGCUCUGUCCUUAGAGCUGAAGAAACCUGUUGAUCUGGAAGCUCCUAUCACCAGUUUGCAGACUCUUCAAGAGGAUCUACUGGUGUGCACGGCGGACGGCUACCUUCAUGUGCUGCACUGGGACGGACUUGGAAGCAACGGGCGCAAAACCAUCUGCCUUACCACAAUCCCCUUCUCCCUAGAUCUGCAGUCUGCCCGAGGCGGCCCCUCUUUGGAUCUGGAGGGAGUUCAUAUUUGCUGUAUGGAGUAUUGCAUAACUCUGGACGGUUUUGCUGUGGUGUUAAGUGACGGACGCCUGGGAUUCAUCACUCCGCUUAACAACACCAUUGCCUCGGAUCAGCUGCAGGGCGUCUGGGCGGCUGAUGUGAGCGACGGCACGUGUGUCGCUGUGAACAACAAGUACAGACUGAUGGCCUUUGGCUGUGCAAGUGGCUCUGUGCUGGUUUACACUAUCGACACCACAACAGGAUUCAUGCAGCUUUCCCACAAACUGGAGCUUACCCCAAAACACUACCCAGACAUCUACAAUAAAACCGGCGCAGUCAAACUCAUUUGCUGGUCACCUGACUACAGCGUUGUCAUGGUUACGUGGGAGUGUGGUGGCUUGUCGUUAUGGAGCGUCUUUGGCGCUCAUCUCUUUUGCACUCUGGGAGAAGACUUUGCACAUCGCUCAGAUGGAACAAAGAAAGAUCCCAUUAAAAUCAGCUCUAUGAGCUGGGGAGCAGAAGGUUAUCAUCUGUGGGUUAUUCCAAACAAAAGUGAGAGAAGAGCAGAGGAGGAGCAGGUGGUCCAGGAUGAAGAGCUAAAACCCUCUCCUUCAUGUUGUCUUCAAGUUGGCAUUUUGCAGUUUUACUUCAUAAAGAGCGCCCUCACGGUUAACCCCUGCACGAGUAACCAAGAGCAAGUGCUUCUCCACGGGGAAGACCGCCUCUACCUGACCUGCGGCGACCCCUCACAGGUCCACAGCUCCCUGGACACGCACCAGCCGCCCAACCAGGACUCCUCCAUCUCUCAGGGACUCAGCACUUUACUGGGACACAAGCACUGGCAUGUGGUCCAGAUUCACAGCACAUACCUUGAAAGCAACUGGCCCAUACGGUUUGCAGCUAUAGACUCAGCGGGCCAGUGCAUGGCUGUGGCGGGAAGGCGGGGUUUUGCACACUACUCUUUAUACACAAGGAAAUGGAAACUAUUUGGAAAUGUAACUCAGGAGCAGAACAUGACGGUCACCGGGGGUCUGGCCUGGUGGAAUGACUUUGUGGUUGUCGCCUGUUACAACUUCAAUGACCAGCAAGAGCAAUUGAGGCUUUACCUUCGGACUUCUAACCUGGACAACGCCUUUGCCUCGGUCACAAAGUUACACUCUGAUACUCUGCUGCUGAAUGUGUUUCGAGACAUGAUAAUCCUGUUCAGAGCAGACUGUUCCAUUUGUCUCUAUAGUUUAGAAAGGAGGAAUGACAGCCCGAGCCCGUCUGUUAACGUGGAACUGCUCCAAGAGGUGUCCAUGUCCCGCUACAUUCCCCAUCCCGGUCUGGUCGUCUCGGUCACUCUGACAUCUGUACGGACGGAGACUGGCAUCACGCUGAAGGCGCCACAGCAGGCCUGCAUGGCUGAAAGCAUCAUGUUGAAUCUGGCUGGACAGUUGAUAAUGCUCCAGAGGGAUCGAUCAGGGCCGCAGGUACGAGAGAAGGAAACUGCCCUGAACAACAAAAAGCCGCUGCCCUUUUGUCCACCCGUUGUGCUGGCUCAGUGUGUGGAGAACGUCUGGACCACCUGCCGCUCCAACAAGAAGAAGCGCCACCUGCUGGAGGCCUUGUGGUUGUCCUGUGGAGAGGCAGGGAUGAAAGUGUGGCUCCCACUGUUUCCCAGAGACCACCGCAAGCCCCACUCGUUCCUUUCGCGGCGUAUCAUGUUGCCAUUCCAUAUAAACAUUUACCCGUUGGCCGUGCUGUUUGAGGAUGCCCUGGUGCUGGGGGCGUCCAAUGAGACUGUGCUGUACGACGGGCUGCAGGGAUCCUCUGAGUCACUAGAGGCGCUGUUUCCCUACUGCACAGUGGAGAGAACGUCCCAGAUCUACCUUCAUCACAUCCUGAGGCAACUGCUGGUCCGCAACCUGGGGGAACAGGCUUUAAUGCUGGCCCAGUCCUGUGCUUCUCUGCCGUACUUUCCUCAUGUCAUGGAGCUGAUGGUUCAUGUGGUGUUAGAAGAAGAAGCCACAUCUCGGGAGCCAAUACCCGACCCUCUGCUGCCCACUGUGGCCAAGUUUAUCACCGAGUUCCCCUUGUUUCUCCAAACUAUCGUUCACUGUGCCAGGAAGACGGAGUACGCCUUGUGGAAUUAUCUGUUUGCUGCUGUGGGAAACCCCAAGGAUCUGUUUGAGGAGUGUCUGAUGGCUCAAGAUCUCGACACGGCGGCCUCCUAUCUUAUUAUUCUGCAGAACAUGGAGGUUCCAGCAGUGAGCCGCCAGCAUGCCACUCUACUAUUUAACACAGCUCUUGAACAGGGCAAAUGGGACUUGUGUCGUCACAUGAUCCGAUUCCUCAAAGCCAUUGGCUCUGGGGAAAUGGACACGCCCCCUCCCACUCCUACCACUCAGGACCCCACCUCAGGAGGCUUUGAGUUCUUCAGAAAUCGAAGCAUCAGUUUGUCUCAGUCAGCAGACCCUGUUGCUUCAGGCAAAUUCAACCUUCAGAAGACGUUCAGUAUGCCCAGCGGGCCUUCGGUGAAAGGGCGAGACGUGGAGUGUGCGGAGAACAUGUACAUUGACAUGAUGCUGUGGCGUCACGCCCGACACCUGCUGGAGCAGCUGCGCCUCAGAGACCUCGGCUGUUUCUCUGCUCAGCUCGGCUUUGAGCUCAUUGGCUGGUUGUGUCGAGAGAGAAACCGUGUGGCUCGAGUUGAAGAUUUUGUUUUUGCAUUAAAAACUCUACAUAAAGAUUUCCUGUGGCCAUUUCCUGUGAUUCCUGUUGGUUGUAUUAACUCUCCACUAAAGAAUGGCCGAUGUCGUCCAGUGCUGAGCACCAGACUGUUAAAGUCUGGGUCGGCCGAUAGUCUUCUGCACAGUGACAUGGACACGGCGCCUCUUCAGACUCAAAGCAGCAGCUCCUGGAUGGAGGGCGUGGCUCAGAGAGACCUGGACACGGCCUCCUCGAGUCUGUCAAACCAGCAGUCACCUCAGACACAAGACGCUUUUCUGUCUCUCGUCACAAACAAAGUGGAGGAAUACAGUAUUGGCUCAGCCACCGACCUGACGGAGACGAGUUCAGUGGUGGAUGGAGACUGGACCAUGGUCGAUGAAAACUCUUCAACACUAUGUUUAAGCCAAGCAGAACUGGAGCAUAUUUCCAUGGAGCUUGCAAACAAGGGUCCACACAGGUCUCAGGUUCAACUGAGGUACCUCCUGCACGUGUUCAUGGAGGCCGGCUGUCUGGAGUGGUGUGUGGUAAUUGGUUUGAUCUUGAGAGAUGCCAGUGUCAUUAAGCAGGUCAUUAGUUUCCUGGAUCACCCAGAAAUUCCACCAGAAACUGUAAAGAACAUUAAAAAUGGCUUAUUGGCUGUUGAGACGUGGGCUUCCACAGACUGUUUGGGAUACAAACCUUUUUUCAACUUAAUCCAAGCACAGUUACAGCAACUGCUGGAAUCCACAGCGGAACAAGUACAAGUGGAGGCAUUUCAGCCCAGCAGCCAGUCAAAGCUAGGGGGCGCCGAGGGGCAAACGAGCCCCGUAAACCCUCGGCCUGAGGACAGCCGCGGAGGCAGCACUUCACUGGGCCUGGCCCUGCCCAGUCUGGAGCCCGCGGGGGGCUUCCCCCGCCCCUUGUCUGAGGACGGUCCAGAUGAACCCAUAAAGGAGCAGGAGGACGAGGAGGGAGCGUAUGACUGCACCUUGUCCUGAAACUCAAAUGUGUUGAACUCUGAGUCUCAGACGUACUGGAGCUGGACUUACACCGUACAGGCCCUUACUUCAGUCAGUAUUACCACUCUUUAGUGUCGAGUGUAAAACAGUGCCAUCAGGACUUCAGCACAACCCCAACUCGUUCACUUUGACUUUUCCUCAUGGAGAGAAGAGUCAUUUGGAGAGAUGGGGAUUAUGUACCAACUCUUAGGCAAGAAGUGAGGAUUUUAACAUUGGAAAAUCAAAACGACUCUAAACUAUGUUUCAGCCUUCAGAAAUGGUGCACUUUAUGUGUACAGAACUUUUUCAUACCUCAUGAUUUUAAAAUAUUUUCUGAAAACCUUUUUAUAAAUUAAAAGUACAAACAUAUUUUUGUAUAUGGCCCUUGCAGUCCUAAGUCCAUAUAAAAAUAUAUAUAUAUAUGAAAUGCAAAAUGAUGAAGUGGUUUAGGAUUUUUUACAGAAAUUAUGAGGAUUCUGUAUUGCUAGUUUCUUACCAGCCAACAGUACCGCUGCUCAUGUAUUUUUCACUAACCCUAUGAGGCUGUAACAAAAUCCCCUCCACUCUGCCCAGACCAUCCUGAGUGAUGGGAACCGGAGCCAGUAUCGGUUAUUUACUUUCCUCGAACAAGCAAAGCAAACAUCAGUGUUGAGGUGAGCUCUCAGUGUGAGCGCUGCACAGGCCUGAUUUAAAGCUGCGGUGCAGUGGGGGGCCUGACUAACUCCAUUGUGUGGAAAGCAAAAGUAAAACACUUGAUCCACUCACAUUUAAGCUUGUACAUGAAAUGUAGGAUUUGAGUUGAACAGCCACAAACCUGAUGGUCCCAUGAUGAAUGUGUUAACCCUCUGAGCGUCUGUGGCUUUGAGGGACUUGUACUAUAUUGUGUUGAAAUCACUUUGAUAAAGUGGUGAAUAUUUCAUUGAUUUUAUUGUAUUAGACAUAUUAUUUAUUGGCAUUGUUGUGUUUUAUUGCCGUGUCUCAAACCUAGUGAUGUGCUCAGUUUAAGACUGACAUUUACUUAAUCAAACUCAUGUAUUGGCUCAAAGCACAAAAGUGUGUCACCUGUAAGUCAGUAUUUGUCCAAUGUUUUGAAAUGUUGCUUUAGCUUUUUAUUUUUAUUAAUUUUACUGCUUAACUUUAUUUUAUCCAAACUUGCUUUUACCUUCUCAGGUUGACCCGUUUUUUUCAUAGGAACUUUUGCUCUUUUGCCUGUAAAAAACAAACCAUUGGCAUCUUAGUUUUUAGUAAAACUAAAAAGGGUUUUUGAUGAAAGGACAAAGGUCACCAUGGUACAGUGAGUGUCUUCUGUUCACACACAGAGACAAAGCUGCAGCUCCACGACGCUGCUCCGCUGUGGCUUUACUUGAAUAACUGACAAACCAAAGACUAUGUCAAGAGAGGCCUUCGCUUUGCUUUCCAUUUAUUGUUUUGGUUUAUUAUUUAAACUUGAAUUUCCUAUUCAUCACAAACAAUUUAAGAAAUAAACUGGUGAUGACUGCCUGACAAUUUCCUAAGGAAAUGUGCAUUUCAGAUCUUUUCUUCUGUGGGUUUGGGGCGAGUGGAGACAGCGCCACCUUAAUGUCCUUUUAAGGAAACGCUCGGGUGAAGACGAUGUUCAGUGUUGUAAAAAUACAGUUGUACAAUUGUCUUUUCUAUAACAUUUUCUACUCUAUUUUCUCCUGUAAAUAAACAUAAAUAAAUUAUUUUUUAAAAUGA